ACUAAUAUGCCAGUCCCUGUAGUUUUCAUUAUAUUAUUUCUUUUUUAAGUAGCAGUUCUGCUAUAACUUUUGACAAACGAUAUUUUACCUGUUUUAUUUUAUGUAAUCAGUUAACACUACAAUGUUUACGAAAUAAAGAUAAACGUCAACAGCUUAGCCCAGUGGCGAAUUAAGUUAACUCAUUUAAAUUCAUAAUGUUUUGUUUUUAAACUUAUUAUGGCAAAGAAAUCAGAAAAAAUAUAUCUACCAUAAACAUUCAUUACUAGUGGGCAUUAUAUCAUGCUGCAUGUAUGUAUCAUGAAACAAAACACAAACUGUUACACAACACCCUACGAAUUUUUUUUAUAAAAUAUAAAGUAACAACUAUGAUUUUAUAUAAGCAGUUUGGAAAAUCGGACGGUUCUAGAAAAUUGUACAAUGUAUUUGGAAAGUGUUUUGGAAAAUAUGUUAAAAUAACUUUGGAUGUCAAAUAUCUCGGAAUUACAUCUUACUCCUAUAGGCACUACAUUUAGCUAACAAAAGAUGUGUUUAUCAAAUAUAAAGUCACUUUCUUGAAGAAUUUAUUUGAAUUCAAUUUCGUUCAAUCUGCAUUUCAUUUACAUACGAUUGAUACGCUCAAAGCCAUGCCUUUAAACUGCAUCAAAUUUAAACCAUGAGCGCUUGACCAAACUUCAGCCCUGACACUACUGAACCCAGUCAUUUACAUCAAUACUUGUAAUCACCUACGGCUAAGGCAUAAAAACAGGAGAAACUAUUGAUUCUUGGAGCCUUUUUAUAUCUCAAACUCUACCACUACGCGCUCCAUGGCCUGACAUAUCUUCUAUAUCCCUGCGUCGUCAGAGUUCAUGUUGUCAUGAUAAAAUAAUUGCCCGUGGGGAAAUCAAUGAGAAAAAAACAUCAUCAGCCUUACUCAGUAAGAAUAAAGCAACAACGGAUAAUCAAUAUACUAAGCAACAUUCACGGCGAAAGAAGAUUACUGAUGAUAUAACUAUCAUGUUAUUUACGCAAUCAGAUUAUAAAUGCAAAUACAAACAAGAGUGCCGCAAAGCGAAUGCCAACUGGGACAGAACCGGACAAAUAUUAAAGCCUAAAUUAUGGGCGUGCUACCAUUGCAUAUUGUUUCUGGUAACAUGUGUACAAAGUUUCAAUUGGAUUUUCUAAUUCACUAUGACCAAACUUAUAGUUUAAGCACGACGCAAACGCAAACACCGAAGCCAUCAUAAAUACCUCGGCUUUAUUUUUACGUAAAACAGACCAGAUACAAAAAUACGUGUUGUUACAAACGCCAAACAGAGAAAACAUGAGGCGAAUGAAUGAUCAAACGGUUGUUACAGCAAAACAACAGCUUAACUCGUAAUUAAGAUUAACACGAUUAUGGGGUCAUAAGAUGUUUAUGAGAUGAUAGUUGAAAGCUUGUUGUCACAUUCUAUACUUCGUAUGGUAAAGGCCAAUCGCUUAAUAAAUAAACAGCAGUUUAACAUUUCCUGAACUUGAGUGUUGCUCCAGGCUUACACAUCUUUCACUGCUUCCGGAUGUCUAUUAGACCAAAUAAAAACCUUUUAAAUAUACUCAUUAUUUAGAUAAUCUCGCGGAUAAAAAUAUACAUAAAACUUCCUAACAGUUUCAUUUUAAAUCUAAACAAUCAUGAAAAGGGAGAGAUAUCGCAGGAACAGGAUAACCAAUUGCGCAUAAUGCACUUUUAGUAUUAAACCAUCUUGUGAUACUUAUCCAAUGACGUAAAUCAUAUGAUUUCACAGAAUCCCUCAUUUAAAGUUGAUUUAAAUGACGUAAAUCUAAAGCUUUCAAAGAAAGCCUCAAUUACAGUUAAUGACUGUGCACUCUACUGCACGUAAAUAAGCAAUAGUUUAGUGAAAAACAAAAUCACCUAAUAAACAUAAAACACUUGAAUUUAAGUUUAAGAGAUAAAGCGCUUAAGCUGGAUAAUGUGCAGGUCCGCCUGGAGUCAAAUCUUGUUUACUAGUAUUUAAUAUAUUGUACUUAACAUAUUUCGUCAUAACUAUUGGGUAAGUGUUUACUUAGCCGAGAUACAGGACACGAAUGAUAAUAAGCGUGAAUAUCGAUUCGAAUGACGCAACGGAGAUUAUCAAUAAUUACAGUAAAUAAAACUACUUCUAUUCAGACAGUCGUUCAACUUCGCUACACAAACAUUAACAAAACAAAUUCCAUUCAAAGGAUUGCUUUUCAUGUUGCUGGACACCUCUUCCCGAAGCAGCGGGACUUCCUCACGUCUCAUAACUGCUAUGCUUGCUGAGCGGCCUUAUCAGCCAGCUGCUAGCACCACCUCAUUUUCACAAGCUUCAAACCUACACUCAGGGAUUCACUCAAGAACUUACAUCAUGAACGUAGACCCGUCAUCUGCAAGCCAAUACAAGGAAAUGUUCAUGUCAAAUGCUUCAUACGCCGAUACCGACUCAAGACCUGCGAUGGCCAAACCGACAGUCAACAACAUGGCAGAUAACCAGGUCUCUGACUCCGGAUACAGGGGAAAUAAUCAGAUCUCUGACUCUGGGUACAGGAGUUAUGACGAUGAAAACGGGUACACGUCGGGUGGUUACAUUCCAUCGAGGAAACAGCGGGAGUUUAUUCCGGACAACAAGAAAGAUGAUGGGUACUGGGAAAAGAGGAAGAAAAAUAACGAAGCAGCACGGAGAUCAAGAGAAAAGCGAAGAGUACAUGACAUGGCGUUAGAAAAUAGGAUAUUAGAGCUGACAAGAGACAAUUGUAAAAUUAGAAACGAACUGAAUCUGGUGAAGAAAAAGUUUGGACUUUCAACUGAGGAAGUCUUUACUGCAGAUGAAAGUCAAAUGGGGAAAAUAUCGUCUCAAAAUUCAUCCCCUCCACAAAGUUUUGCACGUUCUCAGCAACCAUCCGUCCCAUCCGAAUACCCAUCGCCGAUUUAUUCUAACGGUAUCCUACUACCUCAGUCACCAAUUCGCAGCAGAAGUGUCUCUGGUCCAAAUCCCUCCCAGUAUCCCGUCUACUCUCAGCCAUCUUCAUCCCCACCGAUUCACCACGCCAUCCCUUCAUCGUCCGAUUCAUUCUUCAGUCGCGCUCAAUCAGAUGCCGAAUUUAAGAUUAACUCAGGGAAAUAUGAAGCUCAAUAUCCAUAUCAGAUGAAAUCCAUGAAAGAUGAAAGCCAUAAUUAUAAACAUCGCGUUGAUGAUCAAGUUCGCCCAUUAUACUCGACCACUAUGCCACCCAAUCAGAUUUCUCCUUACAGCGGGGGUCUGCCUGUCUCAGCACACAAGUCCUAUUGGAUUCCGACCACGGACCUAACGUCCUCAGAUUCGAACGACGAACCUGACUAUUAUGAUAAAGUUCAGGAGCAACCUCUGUCUCUGGUGAAAAAACGACCAAGUACCGAGAACGAGUCAAGCGAAGAUAUGUCGAACAGCUCAUCCCGAGCUUCAAAUAGUCCCAACACAUCGCUGCCUUUAAAGUUAAGGCGCAAAAUGACAAAUGAUGAAUCCAACACGUCAUUUUCAAGCGUUAAUGCACUGCCCUACCCCAAUGGACUGGCGCAAUUAUCAGAAAUCGCACUUUCGCAGUCAAAUCUGCCUGAUAAUUCUUAUGAUGACAUAAGGAUCCAAAGUUCACUGGAAUCUUUCAACAGUCGUCCGCGGAGCUAUUCAAACCCAAGGGCAUUGUUUGAUAUGAAAUAUGUAGAGCGACGGAGGAGAAAUAACGAAGCUGCAAGAAAAUGCCGAGAAAAUCGCAAGCAGAUAACACGAAUUCGUGAAGUCAAGUCCGGGUACCUUGAAAACGAAAACGACAAACUGAAAGAUGAGCUGGUAAACCUACAAGAUGAAAUGAAAGAGUUGAGAGAUAUGUUAGAAAAGAAACAGAAAGAAAGAGAAGAUAACAAUGAAAAUAAUGGCAAUCAGAAUGUUGACAGCACCAAUAUUGGAAAUGGAAAUGGGGAAAGCAAUGGUGAAAACGUUCGUAUAAAGAAUGAAGAUGACAUGAUGGACGAACAGUGAUCGUCGCAAGAAUAAUAUGAUCAUAUAGUUAGUAAUUAAGUAGAGUAGAGACUAAAAACACGGGUAGUGCACUCAGGUCUUGAGCCAGGUGAUAAAAAUAACUUUCAUUAUUGUUCAAAUGAUAUAUAUCAUUAGAGUAGAGUUGAUUGUUUAGAAGAGUUUAUUUCAUAUCCACGUUGAUGUUUUAGAUGCGUUUUGAAUAUAUAGAAUUUCCUUGUUUUUGUGAUUUACGUUUUUGAUAUAUCAUACUUUUCAUUCUCUUGACGAUAUUGUAUUGUGCGCCCCUUUGUAUUUCAAAAGUCCGCAAUCAUCCAAUGUAUAGUGUUAACAGUUUUAUGAUUAAUGCAACUACUGUGUAGAAGACUUUAACAAAAUAUACGCGCUUCGAUUGACUUUUUUUGCAAUGAACUACCAUUCCCAAGUCACGCUUGUACCUCAUUUAUUAAAUAUGAACGAGACAUUUUGACUUGAAGGUUUGUUGGAUUUUUUUAAUGAGACCACCGAAAACACCGAAUAAUCAAUAAUAUGAAACAUUUCGUAUUUGACCAUACUUGUGUGACAUUCGGAUAUUGAGUCAUUUGGGUUUAUACACUUAUGUAUGUACAGGGAAAUGGGUAUAUUUACAUUCCAAGUUACCAUUUUUCACAAGACACAAAUUUUUCACAAAGUGCCAUGAUUGUUCAAUAUGCCAUAUUUCUGUGCUAAAUCGAAAUUUUAUCUCAGGACAUUACUUGUGACGUAAACGUUUAUACAUUAUAAAACAUGUUUCUUGUUAGGGUAUAAGUCAUGCCAAUAUGCAUGAUAAUCUGAGACUGUGCCGCCAUAUUAUUCACUAACAAUGAAAUGCAUAUUUUAGCUAUUCCUUGAAUACGAUAUGUCUGUUUAUUAAUGCAUUUUAAGAGUUUUAUCGACGAUUGAGUGAUUGUUUUUUUCAUGUUGUGCCAUUAAACGUGAAUGAUUUUGUGCCAUAUGGUUAACGAAAUGAGUGUUACUGAACAAAUAUUUACUUAUUGUGCUAAGAAAUGUCAUAGUGCUGUUUAUUUAUGUAUAUAUAUCGUUACUUGGAAAACAUACUUAACGGAAUUAUGACUUACAAAACAAGAAUAGUGCAUACUGGAGAUCAACGCCAAACGGUUAAUGCCUAGAUCUAUCACAUUUCCAAGGUUUAUUAUACUAUAUAUUAACGUUGUACUAUUCAUAGCAAAUAAUAUAAAACAAACCUGUAUGCAUGCUAAUAUGUAAGUCUUUUCUUUGAUAUUUACUAGCAGUUUUGGUCAUGAUCUUUUAUGAUGUAUCUACCUCAAUUCCUAUUCCAUGUUGAAAUGUAUGUUAUAAUCUGUAAGUUCAAAUGUUCAAAUAAAUAUUAUAAUUGUCA